ACUGUAUAAAUUACAAACCAUUUCCAUCCCAACAUGUAUACCACUCUCCUGAUCAUAGCUAGACAAUCAAAUUAGAAAAUUGACCACACAAGGUUCUAGCCAUGGCAAAGCUCAACAUCUUUAAUGUCAUUCUUGCAUUGUUCAUAGUUGUCGCACCAAUGGUUCUAGCUGAAGUGGAGCUGAGUCCUUUAGCUGAACCAGGGCUUUACAGCUAUGUCGAGCAAUGUGUAGCCGUAACAGGAGCGAGAUGUGGGGAUGAGAUUCUAUAUGGCUCCUUUAUGGGAAAGCCCGUUACUCUUGAAUGCUGUCAAAAACUCUUGCUGAUGGGGAAGGCAUGUGAUGAUGCAUUGAUGAGGGUUGUUCUCGAAUUUCCAGAAUACAAGGGACACGAAGAAGAGGCUCUGGCAGGGAGCAAUAAACUCUGGGAAAAGUGUACUCUAGCCGUGCAAGCUGCCUCAUCUUCCCCUUCUAACAAAUAUAAUACACACACACACGUAUAGGCUUGAAGGGUUAGGUAUUUCAUUUAUGUGCUUCAAAUCCAAUUCAAGUUGAAGAAUUACAACAUGGUAUGUACGUACGUAUAAGGGAAACUGAACACAUCACU